AUGCAGUACAAGGUCCUUGCCACUCUUUUCCUCGCCGCCACGGCCCUGGCUGCCCCUGCGGAUACUACUGCCACAUCCUCAAGCACUGAGACUACCGAUAGUGAUGACUCCUACGAUCUCGCGGAUGUGCCCAGCUCCAUUAUGACCGUUUUGGCAACAGCCAUCCCGGCCUCAUGGUACAACGAUAUCAUGGACCCCGCCUCCCGCUCCUCCAUCGUCAGCGAAGCUGAGGCUGGCACCUACCCUGCUUGGUACAACGCGUUGCCUAGCAGCGUCAAGGCCUGGGCCACUUCCAACUUCGCUGACCAGAUCGCUGGUGCCACGGCAACCGAUAGCAGCGCCACUCAGACCGAGACUGGAUCCACCACCGCUUCCAGCCAGGCCUCUUCCAAUGCCGCCGAGAUCACUUCGGCUUCCACCACCACCUCGAGCUCCAGCUCUGACUCCACUUCCUCCUCGGCCUCCAGCUCCGACUCCAGCUCCAGCUCUACAUCGGCUUCUCCUUCUUCUUCGCAGUCUACUGGCGGUGCCCCUGCUCCUACUGGAGGUAUUGCCAUGGGUGUUGCUGGUGCAGCUGGUGUUUUGGCUCUGGCUCUUGCCCUGUAG